AUGUGCAAAGGCUGCCUGGCACAGCUAUUCACGAAGGCAGUCGGCGACAUGACACUCUGGCCAGUUCGAUGUUGCAGGCAAAACAUUGACAUUGGCCUGGCACAGCGAGUCCUUCACGGACACGAACUGCAUGUCUUCGUGGAGAGGAUGAAAGAAGCUGUGGCCGUCAAGAAGAUGUAUUGUAUCAAUCCGUACUGUUCUCAUUUUUUGGACCUCGACAACCUCCCGGAAGACCACGACGCGUACCCUUGUCCCAGAUGCGCAACCUUGCUCUGCCUGGCUUGUCGUGGGGCAGCCCAUCCGGGAAUGUCCUGCAAUGAGGCGAAGGAAAGUCGAGGAACUACGGAGGCAGAGAGGCAGCUCCAGGAGCUAGCAGAGAGGAAAGGUUGGCGAAAGUGUGGGAAGUGUGGCGCGAUGGUACAGCUGGCCUCAGGCUGCAACCACAUGACCUGCCGAUGUGGCCAUCACUUUUGCUAUCAAUGCGGAACUCAGUGGAUGGAUGCCAGCGGACAGCAAGCUCAGCAAUGUCGGUGUGAGUUGUGGCAAGAGGACAACUUGCUGGAGGAGGAGCGCUACUGA